GCCGCAGAACGGAUGUAGAGGCGGAUGUGGACAUCCGCAAAAAAUGUACAAUUUGAGAAUUACCAAAGAAUUGCAGCGAUGAGCAAGAAGAAAAGCAAUGUGUGGCAGUACUUCUACAAGACAUCCGGCACAGUGGCCACCUGUCUGCUGUGCAACAGGAACUACUCGAGGCGAGGACGCGGCACAACAUGUCUGCGGAAUCAUCUGAAGAGCAAGCACCCACCGGAGUUCCUAUCUCUAUCCGGGGACAUAAAGUACCUGGACCUGGUUAAGAGCGAGAUCUCCAUCGGUUCGCCACAGCACCCCACAGCCCAGCUAGAAUUGAAUCUGCACGAAACAGAUUCAGAUCCAUUGGACACCGAGGAUAUAUCCUACAGCAAACGCUGUGAUGAGAAGUUGGCCCUCAUGCUACUAAAUCACUCCUUUGAGUUCAUUGAAGGACCAGGAUUCGUAAAUUUCAUUAGGACGCUGCAGCCGCGGUACACGAUUCAACCAAGGAGCUACUAUGAGAAGAUACUGUGCGAGGAUAUACAAAGGAAAAUGCAUCAGCAUUUGAAGCAACAGGUGGAUCUGCUGGAUGCCAUAUCGUUGUCUACGAGUCUCUGGCGUGGUGACAAAGGCGAAGGACUGCUGAGCUUGUCCUGCUCCGGAAUAUCAAGGGAUUUUCAGACUCACCGCCUAAUGCUGAAAUGCGAGGCUCUGAAUUACGAAAGCACUUCGAAGCUAGCUUGUUGCAUUCGAGAUCUUGUGCCCAGCUUGGCCAUUGAGGUGCCCAAAGAGAAGAUACACUGCGUAAUCAGGGACGAGAUGACGGCGCUGCCAGGUUCCCUGCCCGAUUGCAGUGUGCACCGCCUGCAGAUGUGCGUUCGAUUUGCUUUGCAAUCGAACGAAUUACUGCAGAACCUUUCAUCCAAGUGCAAGCAAAUAGUUGACCAUUUUGCGUCGUCUAAGAUGGCCAACGAUCAUCUGAAAUUCAUUCAAGAGAUCCGCUUGACGCGAGACCCGUGCACACUUACACCUUACGAUCCCUGUCAAUGGAAUUCCGCUUUUCAGAUGAUGAGCAGCGUGUUUCGAAUGAAAGAUGCUCUAUCCUUGUACUGCGAAGAGUAUAGUCUGGUCCAAAUAUAUCCAGAUGAAUGGAUAGAGAUCGAUUUGUGCAGCAAAGUAAUGCAGCCUUGUGAAGAAACAAUCAAGAUAUGGAGCAAUCCAUCUACGACCACCUCAUCCGUAAUCCCGCUGGUUGCCGCUUUACGGGAUUCCCUCCGAACAGAUGUCCAUAACUUUGUCUCAUCUGUGACUAUAUGCAGUUUCGCCAGAAAGUUGCUUGAAGAACUGGAAAUGAAGUUCGCCCACAUCACUAGCGACAUCAACUUUUUGAUGGCCACAUAUUUGGAUCCGAGAUAUAAGCAAGCAUUUUUCACCGAACGUGAGGAGCAGUUGGUGGCCAAUGAAGUUCUGCUUCAGCUCGCUGGAGUGCCAGAGGAUUGCAAUGGUCAGCCACCGCUGAAAAUAAUCAAAGUGUCAUCCACAUCGUCCCAGAAGAAUGAAUCAAAGAUCGAUAGCAUUCUGGAUAGCAUACUGACAACUGGAACGACGAACACUCAACAGCCAAAUACGUCAAUGGGCUCCCAGUCUCAGAUUAAGAAUCUGCUAUAUCUAUACAACUCCGAACCCAGAAUCGAUAGGAACAUGGAUCCCCUGAUUUGGUGGAGGAGCAACAUAAAAUACAUAUCCUUGUAUGGCAUUGUUAGGAAAUUCUUAUCAGCACCAGCAGCAAGUGUGGUUAGUGAAGGCUUAUUUAGAAAAUCAACGCACUUGUAUUUCGACAUGCAGGCGGGCUUGAGCCCCGAAAGUGCAUCCAAAAUGUUGCUCAUGAAGGCCAACUUUAGCUUUAGCAAUUCGGAAAUCAAUUAGGAUACAGUAAUUUAUAUAAUUUAAACGUAUUUAUGUACAUAAUAUUAGCUUUAAUCUUACAACUACUUGAUUUUCCGGAAAAUUAGAUUUUGCACUUAAGCCGCGUGUAUGGCUGAUUGCCUGAUGGGUCCUAGCCCCUGUAAUCAGGAUCAUUGUGUUCCUCUUCGUCUUCCUCCUCCUCCUCUUCUUCAUCUAAAUUAAAAACAUGUUUUUCAUAAUGUUGAUUCU